AUGCGUGGUACAGUUGAUCCUGAAACUUUGAUCUACGAACCAGAGAUAGAAAGGACUACAAAGAGAUUAAGAAAACUUACCAGGCAGAGAAGGCAAGCAGAAACUUCUACUCCACAGUUUGAAGUAGAAACAGAGAUGGCAGCUCAAGAUCCACCAGCAGCUGAGUUGAUGGAAUCAAUUUUGGCCCUGCAAUAUAUACGGGGUGUUACAAUUGUCAAGCCAUCAAUUGUUGCCAAUAACUAUGACAUCCAGCCAGCACUAAUCACGUUGGUGGAGAAAACUCAGUUUGGUGGGGAAGACUAUGAAGAUCCUCACAACUUCAUAGACAGAUUUUUAAGAAUCCGUGAUACAACUAAGCACAACGGAGUGACAGAUGAUGCGAUCAGACUCCGAUUGUUCCCGUUUGCUUUGACCAGGAGAGCUCUCAAAUGGUUAGAUCGACAUGCUCCUAAUAAUAUCAGAACAUGGGAGGAAUUGGCAGCUAAAUUUUUUGCUGAGCACUUUUCUAUGGAAAAUUACAACAAGUUGGUAAAUGAAAUUACCAACUUCACUCAACAACCGGGAGAGAACUUAUGUGCAGCCUGGACCCGAUUCCAGGAGUUGAUCAGAAAGUGCCCACAAUAUGACUUGUCAGAUACCAAGAAGGUCAGAGUCUUCUAUAAUGGGGUGACACCAAACUCCAGAAUGAUUAUCAAUGGUGCAGCUGGUGGAACUAUAGAAAAGAAGACAUCAGCUCAAACCUUAGAGCUGAUUGAUUUUAUGGCAAGGAAUGAAAAUGCAUCUAUGACAAUCCAACCUGUUCAGCCCAAGAAAGGAAUCUUACAACUGAGGAACAAUGAUGCAUCACUAGCUGAGCAAAAGAUGAUCUUUCAACAGCUAGGCAAUGAGACUAAUGAGUGCCCAACACCCAUGGGAGCUGAAUCGUUCCAGGUCAAUGGAGUUUGGUAUGAUCCAAGACCACCACAAAAUACCCAAAGCUUUCAGAGGAAUCAGAAUGGUGCCCAAGGCAUCAACUUUCAAAGGAGAAAUCAAGGGGGAGGCUUGGAUUAUAAAUCCAACAAUUACCUGCAACCCCCUCCCCUUCCACAUAAAGAGCCAUCAGAGUUGGAGAAAGCAAUGAUACAGCUUUCCAAGACCACCAAUGAUCACAUGCAGACUACUGAUGCCUUCAUGAAUGAGACAAGAGCCUACAACAAGAACCAAGAUGCAUCCAUCAGAAACUUGGAGACUCAAAUUGGCCAACAUUCAAGACAACUAGCUGAGAGGAGUCAAGAAAGGAGCAAUGCAGUGUCAAAGGAGCAAUGCAAUGUCAUCACUACAAGGAAUGAGGAGCUAGAAAAGAGAAAGUUGAAGUUUCUACAAGAAAGGAUGAACAAGCUCAAAAGGAUAAAGAAGAAGCACAGGAACAAUCUCCUGCAGUUCAAAAGAAACACUUUGGAGAAAAUGCCUUCAUAUGCCAAAUUCUUGAAGGAAACAUUAUCUAAGAAGAGGAAGCUCACAGAGGAUGAACCGAUUACACUAACAGAGGAGUUUAGUGCAAUCUUACAGGAAAAUAUUCCUCCAAAGUUGAAGGAUCCAGGAAGCUUCAGUAUUCCAUGCACCAUUGGCAAGACAACUGGUGAGUUGAUAAUGCGCGUGGAUGGAGAGCAAGCAAUAUUCAAAGUACUUAUAAAUGAAGCUCCUCCAUUGCCUGCUUCUCAACCUAAGAAUCAAGUCAACUACAUUACUGAGAAAAAGGUUGAGGAAGGGAACAAGAAGGAAGUCCAUCAGCUACAUGAAGAACACAAGCCAAAUGUUAAGAUGGAAUAA